GAGUCUAAACAUUCGAAAACAUCAGCGCGAAAAUACAGGUCGACAGGUGAUUAUAACAUAUCGGUACCUUAGUUUUGAGAUUUUGUUGCUCUUUUUCUGCUGUGUCGUCUGUGUUUUAAGUCAUAUCUAGUCUAAACAUAUUGGUCAAAGUAAUUUUCGACUUAUUAAUGCUAUCUAAGCUCUAAGGCGUUGGUGGUUAGCUAUUUAGCUAGCCGUUUCUGUACGGGUAACACUAUGAAGCCGUCAAGAGGCUCAAAACGACCUCCAACAAAAGCCCCCAACCCGAAAAAGAAAAAAGAAAAGGCGUCGGGAUUUCCUGCAAAAGUGGAUCAGGAGCAAGGUGAUGAUGCGAAGAUCCCCCCCUCAAAACCACUUAAGAGGAGGAAAGCUAAAGGAGAUUCACCUUCAGCGUCAAAGAAAAUGACCAUUCAGGACAGCUGGAGGCCGAUGCCCCCGUCCACCAUCAAUGCUGUGGAGAACAUAUUGGACUUAUCCAUACUAGCAACACUUGGUUUAAAGCGGACAGGGAAGAAAGAGAGCCAGGAACAUCUAAACAGCAUCAAAAAUAAGUUUUUAGCUCAUUGUGCACAACUUAAGGUUCCAGUGCAGAAACGGGGAGAUCUGAUUCAUUCAUCUCAACGCCACCAGGAGGAGACCAAGAAGUCUGAGCUCGGAAAGACGAUGCUGAACUCCCUGAAGGAAGACUUGAAGGCUGUUGUCAGAGUUCUGGAAAGGACAGAGGAGCAGACGGUGUCGUUACAGCAGACAUGCUCAAAGCUGAGAGAUGAGUUGGAGGAAGAAGAAAAGAAAGCAAAACAGAUUUUAGAAAUAAGUGAUCAAUGCGUUCUCAAGCUUCCGUCUCUUCUGCCACAAACAGAGGAAAUCACAUUAGAGUCUCGUUUACGGAAAAUAAUACCAGAGUGUGAUUGUGAGACUACAGCACAGAAGCUGGGCAUUAUUCUGCAGAAACCAGCUACCACCCAGGAUGCCCAGGUCCUAUUACUGCAGGCACAGAAACAUGCUGAUCACCUCUUCCCCUCACUGAGCAGUGGUGCAACUUAUGAAGAUGAAGUAGAAACACAUUUUUCGUAAAAGGUUUUUAAUGCAGAAAAUGUUUUUUCAGUUUUUUUUUAUUAGGUUGAUUGUUGUGGUUAGAUUUAUCUUGCAAAAACAGCUGAACUGUUUUUGCUUUCUAACUUGUUUUUGCUUUCUGAUCCAUUUAUUUUACAAUUAUAAUUGUUAACUUUGAAACAUAAGACAUAUUUGCCUUUUGUCUGUCCAGCCUUGCGCUACAUUUAUAUACGUCACUAAAAUGCCAUAUUGUUUUCAAAUAAAGUUUCACUCUGCAA